GCCGAACACGUGCAAGCGGGACAAUUAUCUUGGCAUCCGGACGAUAAUUUUCUCCUCCGCAAACACCUCCGAGAGCUCAGGCACGCCAGGGCGAAGCAAUUUAUUUUCAAGCACAGCAAGAUCUUGUAAUGGGGCAGAAGAGGAAACGUACGGACACUAGCCAGGAACAGGCCGUGUCCAAGCCCUUUCAGAAAAAGAAGUCGGAUCUUCACAAUGGCUCAAAAGGAAAAGAGAAGAAGGUCGGCGAUGGGCAUAAGCCUAAGUUGACAUUUGAACCACGACCAGACUGGCACGCUGCCGAGCUCCCAGAGCUACCUCUCGUCGAUAAUGCCCCAACUCCAGACUUUCACAUUCUGGACGACCUGCAUCGAUAUGGCGAGACCUUACUCGAAGCCGAGAACGCCAUGUUCGAGAGUUCGAAUGCAAGCUCCUCGUCCCACAAGUUCAUGUACCAGACCAUAUCCUCGGGUACAUUGGAAGACAAAGUUUCCUCAUUGACGUUGCUGGUUCAAGAGUCACCAAUACACACGAGGAAGGCGUUUGAAAACCUUCUUGGUCUCGCAAGCAAGAGGAGUCGUAACCAGGCUUUGAUGGCGAUUGCCGCGCUCAAGGAUCUGCUGGGACAAGGCGUCUUGCUGCCGCCAGACAGAAAACUGCGUGCAUUCAAUCGGCAACCAGCUCUUGCUGGCGCGCUAAAGGGAGUGACGACGAUACAAAAGAUAUCAGGGGUACCGAAACUUCCACCGGGGGUGGAGAAAGUGCAUCUUAUCUCCUGGACCUACGAAGACUGGCUCAAAAAGCAAUACUUUGAGCUAUUGAAGACUAUCGAAGUCUGGUGCAAUGACGAGGUACAAUACGCUCGCAUGCGAUCUGUCACGUUCGUUUAUGAACUGUUGAAGGAGAAGCCAGAGCAAGAGGAGAAUCUGCUGCGUCUAUUGAUCAACAAGCUAGGUGACACGGACAAGAAGAUUGCGUCGCGGGCUUCAUAUCUUCUCUUACAACUGCAAAACAGUCAUCCUCUUAUGAAGGAAGUCAUUGUUAGCGUUAUAGAAGCAGAGUUUCUCUUCCGACCGGGACAAUCGGCACACGCUCGGUACAAUGCGGUCGUCACUCUCAACCAAACUAUCCUCGGCUCCAAGGAGCAAGAGGUAUCAGAUAAGCUACUGGAAAUAUAUUUUAAGCUCUUUCUUGGACUUAUCAAGGAUCCGCAUGCAAGCGAGCGUGAACAAGGUGGAGGCUCAAAGCCGGGCAAAAUGGCGAAAGAAAAAGCCAAAAGGAAGGAGAGUGCAGCGGAGGUGCAGAAAGAGGCCGACGAAAAGAUGAUUGCUCAAAUACUGACUGGAAUCAAUCGAGCCUUUCCCUACGCAAAGACUGAUGAUGAGGCCUUCGAGUCCAAGCUUGACAUGAUAUACAGAGUCACACAUGCGUCCAAUUUUAACACCAGUCUUCAGGCUCUGAUUUUACUGCAGCAAAUCUCCGCCACGAAACACUUCACUGCUGAUCGAUUCUACCGUACCCUAUAUGAAUCUCUUCUAGAUCCACGUCUCACGACUACGUCCAAACAUAUUCUCUACCUCAAUCUUCUGUAUCGGGCCUUGAAGUCAGACAUGAAUCCCAAACGGGUACAGGCAUUCGUCAAAAGAUUGAUGCAGAUAAUCACUCUGCACGAGCCACCAUUUGCUUGUGGUGUAUUGUUUCUUAUCAACGAACUGAUUAUCACGUUCCCAAGUAUACGUGAGAUGAUGAAUUCUCCAGAGGAAGACGACGAGGAAGAAGUUUUCAUGGAUGCUCCUGAGACUGAAGAAGAUGCCAUGGCAAUGAAAAAGAAAAAGGAAACGCAAGAAGUAAAGCGAACAUAUGAUGGGCGCAAGAGGGAUCCACAAUACGCGAACGCAAACCUUGUUUGCUUGUGGGAGUUGAUACCGUUCAAAAUGCACUUUCAUCCGUCAGUAUCUCUGUUCGCAUCUCGACUACUUUACGGCGAGGUGAUGCCACCAAAACCAGACCCAUCGCUGCACACAUUGAUGCACUUCCUCGACCGAUUCUCAUACCGCAACCCGAAAGCCAAUGCACUUGAAGGAAAGGGCACAUCAAUAUUUCAGCCUCUUGCCGGUAGCGAAGGCACGGAUAGACUCAUCAAAAGACGGUCUGGUGCUUUUGUGGAGACACCGCUCAAUACUGAGGCGUUCUGGUCGCGGAAGGCAGCCGACGUGGCCGCUGACGAAGUUUUCUUCCAUAAGUACUUCAGUCAGUCUGGCAAGAAAGUGUCGAAAGACAAGAAGGCACGCAAGAGCAAGAAGGAUGACGAUGAGGAUAGUGAGGAAGAGGCCGGCGAGGAAGAGAUCUGGAAAGCCCUUGUUCAGUCCAAGCCCGAAAUCGAGGGAGACGAGGACAGUGAUGAUGGUGGCUUCGACGACGAAGACAUGUUGUCCGAUGAUGAUGAUGCUGAUGACAGCACUGAAGAAGCUGGAGGAGUCGAGCUCAACCUUGAUUCAGAUUCAGAUGCAGAAGAUCUCGACGACGCCCCUGAGAUGGAUGUGGCGGGAAGUGACGAGGAGGAGGAUGAUUUUGACAUGGCUGAGCUCGAAGACGACGAAGACGACAUUGUUGGGAGCGAUGACGAGCUACCAUCAGACUUUGAAGAAGCAGCAGAAGGCGCAGAUGAAGAAGAAGUCGAGCAAGUGUCAGACAAGAAGAAGGCAAGAGACGAGAAGAAGGCCAAGAAGCGAAAGCUGAAGAGUCUCCCAACUUUUGCUUCGGCAGAUGAUUACGCGAAACUGAUGCAAGACGAUGAAGACGGAUUCUGAUGGCGAUUUCAAUAUGAUAUACGAUAGACAAGGAGGUGCGAAAGAAGAAUUGGAGUACACAGCCUCCUGCGAUUGAAUUUUUGCAGGCUACAGACACAGCGGCUACAAUUGAAUCAUACAUGAGCACCUAGCAUAUCAAUAUCCGCAAAAAAAACACGCCGUCAAGUUCAGAUAAUGUACGUCUGCAUGAUGCUGACCCUUCUGA